AACUCCCAAGAAAGAAUGAAGUAACCGCUAUGGAGCCGGACAAUGCCCCGCACUCCAAACUCAAAACCACUGGAGUCGGGGGGAGAGUUCUGAUUCUUUGGACUAUACUCUCUUGCACCUGCUCUCUAAGGCUUGCACAAGCACAAGAUGUGGAUGUUCUGCAGCAGCUCGGGCUUUCUGGACGAAGGGCAGGUGGGUCAUCAUCUUCAGGUACUCGAACCAUCCCUAAUGGCAUCAUCCCCUUCAAGUCUGGAAUUAUCCUCACACCGAGGGCACGUAUCCAGGUGCCUCUGCGCACUGUCAUCCCGGCUAACUACAGCUCCACCAAUCUCUCCCUGAUCCUCAGCUUGUCUGUUCAUCGCAUCAACAGCGCUUUUCUUUUCUCAGUUCUGUCUAAGAAACGGAAAGUGCAGCUCGCAGUGCAGUUUGUUCCGGGGAAGGUUGUGGUACACGUGGGGCCGAGGAGCUCUGUGAGUUUCGACUACGAUGUCCACGAUGGCCGGUGGCAUAGUCUGGCCUUGGAUGUCCAAGGCCCUCAGGUGUUCUUACACACGUCUUGUGGAAAGAGAAGCAUGCACACAGAUUUGCAUUCUAAAAAAGAGGAGGCUCUGGAUCCAGAGGGCUCUUUCCUGCUGGGCAAAAUGAACCACAACUCGGUACCGUUUGAAGGUGCCAUCUGUCAGUUUGACAUUUAUCCUUCUGCUAAGGCAGCUCAUAACUAUUGUGAUUACAUUAAAAAACAUUGCAGAGAAGCCGACACGUAUCGGCCCAUGUUUCCACCCCUGCUACCUCUAUUUUCCACAGACCCAAACAUUACUGUCACUCAUAUAACUCCACUGUCAUCGACAGAGCUUUCCAAAAAGGGCCAGAGAACUACUCUGGCCUCGACUGAGGAAAACAUCAGGACUACAAUUCUUGUUCCAACUGACCGCUUGCUGAUGCAGAACAAAACAUCUGCGUAUCAGACUGUGAGCUCUCCAAAACCUGGUGCUGUGUCUGUUUCUCCACCGGUUCAUCCAGGGUUGGAAAGUCCGUUAAAAUUUCCGACUGAAACAGUUACUACAUCUCUUAGGAUCAGCGUGACACCACCAAACCCAAUUUUACAUGCUGGAAAGAACACAAAGCAAGGAGAUACUAAUGCCCUGCAACCUUCUGGGAAUAGUAUGGAUUUACCUGCUUCCACUAGACCAUCAGAGAUGAAGCCAAACCUCCAGACCACAGCUGCUUCCACACAGGGGUCUCCUUCAAACGCCUACCUUCCCCAUAAAAAGCAGUUGAGCACAGUAGCUCCAAAGAAACCUGAGCCAAAAGUGACCAGUGUGCAGGAUGUCAAACCCACCUCGCUUAUUCCAGUCACUCCAGCUGCAACAGAUGGCUUCCAAACAUUUGACCUGGAACCAACCCACUUCUCACUGCUGGCUGGACCACCUGGACUAAAGGGAGAACCAGGACUGCCGGGCCUUCAAGGACUUCCAGGUUUGCCAGGAAAGCCGGGGAAGAGGGGCCCACGGGGUCCCCCUGGCCCACAUGGAAACCCUGGUCGUCCUGGACCUCCUGGAGUGAAGGGACAAAAAGGAGAUCCUGGACUGUCCCCUGGUCAAGCCCCAAAAGGACAAAAAGGAGAGCCUGGUGUCAUGGGCCCCCCUGGACUGCCCGGCCAAGACGGACGAAAGGGACAAAAGGGUCAUCCUGGUCCUUCUGGUCUCCCAGGUGAACCUGGUGAACGGGGAGAUGAUGGAAGCCCUGGGGCCAAAGGCUAUCCUGGCAGGCAGGGUUUUCCUGGGCCUAUAGGAAGAAUGGGGCCAAAAGGAGUCAGGGGUCACAUUGGCAUCCCUGGGCUUUUUGGCCUUCCUGGUGCUGAUGGUGAGAGAGGAAUUCCUGGCGUUCAUGGGAAGAAGGGCAAGAUGGGUAGGCCGGGGUUUCCUGGUGACUUUGGAGAGAGGGGACCUCCUGGGCCUGAUGGGAACCCAGGUGAACUGGGAGCUCCCGGCCCAUGUGGAGUCCCUGGUCUUAUUGGAGACGUGGGCCCUUUUGGCAUUAUGGGCUUAGCAGGACCACCAGGACUCAAGGGAGUACCAGGAAACCCAGGGGAACCCGGACUGAAAGGUGAUAAGGGGGAUGUUGGUUUGCCAGGGGAGCCAGGGGAGUGUGGAUUCCCAGGAGACAAGGGUAUCCGUGGAUCACCUGGGUUGCCGGGUCCCUGUGGAAAACCUGGACCACAGGGCAAGCCUGGUGAGAAGGGUCCUGAUGGUUUACCAGGCCCUGUUGGCCCAGAGGGCUUUCCAGGGGACAUUGGCCCACCAGGUCAAAAUGGCCCUGAAGGACCCAAGGGAAAGCAAGGGACAAGAGGUUUGCCAGGUCCGAGAGGAACACCUGGACUUCAGGGUGAUGAGGGACCAGUUGGGCCAGCUGGACCCGCUGGACUCGAGGGCAGGCCUGGGAGGCAGGGAUUCCCUGGAUUGACAGGCCCAGAUGGACUCAAGGGCGAGACCGGGAUAACUGGCGAGGUCGGAAAGCUUGGCGAGAGGGGACUGCCAGGUUUUGUUGGGCCUAUUGGAGAGAUGGGCAUCGCUGGAGAAAAGGGGGAUCGAGGAAAAACAGGUGCCCCUGGGCCGCCAGGUGAACCGGGGCCGAUGGGUCACACUGGAAUACCUGGAGAGACAGGACCACCUGGACCACAAGGGAUCCCAGGGCCUCCUGGUUCACGGGGAUCCAUUGGCAUCAGAGGACCCAAAGGCAUUAGGGGUCCAAGGGGUCUAGAUGGCCCAGUGGGGGAGAAAGGGUCUACUGGAAUAAAGGGCCCUGAUGGUCCACCAGGAAAAUUGGGCCUCCCUGGAGAGAUGGGAAAGCCUGGUGAACCAGGUGAAGCCGGGCCUAAGGGAUUUCCAGGUGUUCAGGGACCCUCGGGACCUCCAGGAGCCAAAGGAAUUGAAGGAGAGCCUGGACCACCAGGGCCAACAGGAACGAUUGGGCCGCUAGGGGAGAUGGGGCCAAUGGGUCCACCAGGGAAGGCUGGAGAGAGAGGACUUCCUGGUGAAACUGGAGAGAAGGGUGCCAUAGGUCCACUUGGCAGCAUCGGGGAGCAGGGUUUGAUUGGCCAGAGGGGGGAGCCAGGCAUUGAUGGGGAGGCUGGACCAAGUGGACCUGAUGGAACCAAGGGUGAAAAGGGGGAUGCCGGUCCAGAGGGUGCUAAAGGAGACAGGGGUGAAAUUGGUCUGAAAGGAAUAGAAGGACCUCCUGGGCCUCCUGGACUGAUGGGUGUCAGGGGUCAGGAGGGUAAACCUGGCAAAAUUGGUGAACGAGGAAAACCAGGAGAAAAGGGGAGCAAGGGUCACCAAGGUCACCUGGGAGAGACUGGGCCAAUCGGUGAGCGGGGAGAAAUGGGGUUUGUUGGACAGAAGGGAGCAAGAGGAACCAUCGGGCCAGUGGGUGCUCCAGGAAGAAUGGGCCAGCAAGGAAAUCCAGGCAUAUUGGGUUACGAGGGUCACAUGGGACCACAGGGCCCACUGGGACCUCCUGGGCCAAAAGGUGAAAAGGGUGAACAGGGGGACGACAGCAAGGUAGAGGGUCCUCCAGGUCCCCAAGGUGACAGAGGCUCUCCUGGAGACAGAGGAGAGAGAGGCGAGCCAGGUGACCCUGGACACAUCGGUCAGAUGGGUUUUGAUGGGAAGAGAGGUGAAGCUGGUGCCCUAGGGCAUCCUGGACAUCCUGGGCCAAAGGGGCAACCAGGACCAAAAGGAUCCAAAGGUGAUCAAGGUCAGAAAGGAAAACCGGGGACAACAGGUACACCUGGGACCAAAGGACCACCAGGUCCAGAGGGUCCUCCUGGCCCACGGGGGGUAGUUGGCAGGGAGGGACUCGAGGGGCUGCCUGGAAUGGAUGGAUUGCCUGGUAAAGAUAGAAGUAAAGGAUUCAAGGGGGAGCAAGGAGAAGAUGGACAAGUGGGCUUACCUGGAAAACCGGGGCAGCAGGGUAAAACUGGUGUGACAGGGCUCCCAGGAAGUCAAGGCUCCUUUGGACCAAAGGGUGAGAGGGGUCUCCCAGGCCAAACUGGUCCACCAGGAAAGAGAGGCUCUGUUGGUGGGAUGGGACUGCCAGGAAAACAAGGAGAUCAGGGACCUAAAGGGCAACCAGGCGAUACUGGUGAACAAGGAUUUCCAGGGGUGUUGGGCAUGUUUGGACCAAAGGGACCUCCUGGAGACAUUGGCCCAGCGGGGAUACAGGGACCGAAAGGGCCACGUGGUUUGAUGGGUAUGGAGGGUGCUUUGGGCCCCGUUGGCAUCAUUGGCCCCAGCGGUCAUCCUGGACCCCAGGGUGACAAAGGAAGUCGGGGGGAGACGGGGUUGCAAGGACCAAGGGGAUCUCCUGGUCCUCGUGGACCUCCAGGACCACCAGGUCUCCCCGGUUCUGCCCUUUCACUUAGAAAUGAGGCUCUAGGUGCUGCCUUUCAAGUCAUCAUUGAUUCCCAUGCGACACUGAGACAAGAGAAUUAUCAGAGCAUGGACCUGCCCAUGUUAGACCAGGGGACAGAGAUUUUCAAGACCUUGCAGCAUCUCAGCACUCUGAUCCAGAGUUUAAAGAAUCCGCUGGGAACCCAUGACAAUCCUGCCAGAAUCUGCAGAGAUCUCUACAACUGUGAACACAGGAUGUACGAUGGCACUUACUGGAUCGACCCAAACCUCGGCUGCGCAGCUGAUACAAUUGAGGUGAUGUGCAACUUCACUGCUGGAGGACAAACUUGCCUGAAACCGGUCACAGUAUCCAAGUUGGAGACAGGAGUGGGUCGCAUCCAGAUGAACUUCAUCCAUCUUUUGAGCACUGAGGCUGUGCAGCACAUCACCAUUCACUGUCUCAACACAUCUGUGUGGGCAGCAGGACCCUCCCUACAGCCUUCAACCCGGGCUGUGAGCUUCAAGGCCUGGUCCGGUGAGAAGAUUCAAGCAGGAGACCUCCUGGAACCGCUCAUACCCAGGGAUGACUGCUGGAUCAAAGAUGGCCGCUGGCAUCAGACGCACUUCAUCUUCCAGACCCAGGACCCAAACUUACUCCCCAUUGUGGAUGUGUACAACCUACCGACAACAGAACCUGGUGCACGCUAUCACCUUGAGGUUGGACCCGUGUGCUUCUUAUAGGGCCCUGUGGUGG